AUGAUAUGUGAUUUGAGGAUCCGCGUUUUACCUUCUUCCGUUCUAGGCUACUUCUUCCGCACCAAGUCCGCCGCGGAGCCCGCCAACGUCUUUUUGGUGAACCUGGCCGCCAUCGACCUGCUCUUCGUGCUAACGCUGCCCUUCCGCAUUGCCUACCACGCGCUGCGCAAUGACUGGGUCUUCGGCGAGGCGCUGUGCAAGAUCACUGGCUGCCUCUUCUUCGCCAACCUGUACGGCAGCUCCCUCUUCCUGGCCUGUAUCUGCCUGGAGCGCUACGUGGCCGUCGUGCACCCGCUGCGCCACCUCCGGCUCCGGCAGCUGCGCUACCGGGUGACGGCCGCCGUCGGGGUUUGGGCGGUGCUAGCCGCCGCCGUCCUGUACCUGGCGCUCCGCGGCCCGCUGACCAGCCGCUUCCCCGACGGCCGCACCGCUUGCUUGGAGAACUUCUCCUCCAGCUCCUGGCGGGGACGCAUCUCCUCCGUCAGUCUCUUCGCCGCUGCCGUGGGCUUCCUGCUGCCGCUCUUCCUCAUCGGAAUGCAGCCUGGCUCACGAGCGGUGCGGCGCAAGGCGCUGCGCACGGUGCUAGUGGUGCUGGGCGUCUUUCUGGUUUGCUUCGCGCCGUAUCACCUGGUGCAAAUGGUGCACACGUUGGGGCGCGCAGGCGUGCUGGGCGGCUGCCCGCUCAUUCGCGCCACCUACGUGGCCCGCCGGCUCACCAUGGCCCUCACCAGCCUCAACGCCUGCCUCGACCCGCUCGUCUACUACUUCGCCGCCGAGCGCUUUGCCUGGAAGCCCGGUUGGUGGAAAUGCUGCUGCUGCUGCUGCCGGCUAGAAACCGCCCAGCCGUCCCUGCUGAGACUCCGCGGGUUUGUGGCCAGUAAGCAGGGGUCAUCCUCGGGGGGAGAAAGCGCUCCCGGGACGGCGCAGUGA